AUGGAGAGCGAGCGGCUACAGCGUGUGCUGGGUUGGGCGGACCCUCGACUGCUGGAGUUACUUCGGUAUCUGGGCUCGCAGAUGUUCGUCGACGGAACUUUCCGGUGCGUCCCGAGGUCGUUCUACCAGUGUGUCGUGUUAAUGGUGAGCGACGCAGCAAGUGGCGUGUUUGUGCCUUCCGUUUACACUCUUACGACUGGCAAAACCCAUCAACUAUACCAAAAGUUGAUGCGGUUCAUGAAUGACUGCACGGGUAGUCGCCUUCAACCUGGGAGUGUCGUCUGCGACUUCGAGGCAGCGCUGAUCGAUUCAGUGACCGACCAGUUUCCGCACGCCAGGGUCAUCGGAUGCUUGUUUCACUUCAAGCAAGUGAUCCGACGACGCAUGAUGAAGUUGCGUAUCCGACCCCAGGAGAUCUCGAUUGCGAUGGAAGUCGGCGUGUUGGACAUGCUAACCGUGAUCGUACCUGCUCAUGUCGAUCCCCACGGAAUCAACUAUGUCUCCGAGUUGAUUAUGUCUCGCUGCCGUACCGAAGAGAUUGAGUACUCGGCGGUUGAGUGGGAUCGUUUCUGGAAGUACUUUCGUCGCACAUGGAUCAACAUUUUUCCAGUCGAUGUGUGGAAUGUUUAUGGCAUGGAUUUGGGAGUGGUAAGCCGAACCAACAACCCCCUGGAGCGGUUCAACCGGGAACUCAAUGCAGCCAUCUGUGACGGGGUGUCGAUCCCUAAAUUCGGGUGA